AUGUCGGCCUUCGCAUCGAGAUACGCCAUUCCUCUGGGCAUUGCCCUCAUGGGCGCCCAGGCGAGCCUUGUCAGCGUGUACGGAGGGCAGCGGGCGAUCAUCUUUGACCGAUUCCAGGGUGUCAAGCCAGAGGCACUUGGUGAAGGGAUUCACGUCGUCAUUCCCUGGCUGCAGCGUGCGAUCCUGUACGACGUCCGCAUCAAGCCCCGCAACAUCAGCACCACCACCGGGUCAAAGGACCUGCAGAUGGUCACGCUGACGCUCCGUGUCAUGUCCCGCCCCGACGUCCGCUUCCUCUCGCGCAUCUACCAGAGCCUCGGUCUCGACUACGACGAGCGAGUGCUGCCGUCGAUUGGAAACGAGGUGCUCAAGUCCAUCGUGGCGCAAUUCGACGCCGCCGAGCUCAUCACCCAGCGAGAGGUCGUGAGCUCGCGCAUCAGAGAGGACCUCCUCAAGCGCGCCAAGGAGUUCAACAUUGUCUUGGAGGACGUCUCGAUUACGCAUCUCGUCUUCGGACAGGAAUUCACAAAGGCCGUCGAGCAGAAGCAGAUUGCGCAGCAAAAUGCAGAGAGGCAAAAGUUCGUCGUCGAGCAGGCCGAGCAGGAGAGGCAAGCGUCCGUCAUCCGUGCAGAGGGAGAGGCAGAGGCGGCUCAGACGAUCUCGCGGGCACUGGAGAAGUCGGGCGAUGGACUGCUCACAAUCCGAAGAAUCGAAGCGAGCAGGGAGAUUGCAGCGACACUGGCCGCUGCGAGAAACGUCACCUACCUUCCUUCGAGCAACGGGAACAUGCUGUGA